CGAUGCCGCCGCCCUCGCGGCCUAUUUUGGCUCUGUGCACGCCGGCUUCAAGGCGCGCCCGCAGUUUAUUUUCGCUCAGUGCGCAUUUGCUGGGCCGACCGUCAUGGCCACCAGCCUGCCCCAGUCGGCGACGGGGAAGAGCGAGAUCAAGCGCCCCGCCGCCGCCCCCGAGCCGAAGAAGCGGCCGGCGGGAGCGUUCUGGCCGUUUCAUGUGCGCCAGAGGGGCAAAGACAGGAUGGGCCAACGCCGGAAGACUCAGCAGAAGAAGGGGCGCGAGGCGUGGCCCCGCACCUACGACAGCUUCCACGGGAGAACUGCGGACCAGAUGGUAGGCGUGCUCGUCGAGGACGGCGUUGUGCUUGGCUGGGAGGGCCGCGCCUGCCCGCGCUGCGCCGUCGGGGCCUUGGGCGCGCGGGUGGGGGGCGCCACUCGCGGUCCGCAUUGGCGGUGCAACAGCGGCAGGCUGCGCGGCAAGACCGCCCGCCCGUGCGCUGCCCGCCCCGUCUUCAAGUCUGGCGGCGGCUGCCAGUCGUCAAGUCUGUCGACGAAGGCACAGGUCCUCUUCUGCCUCUCGCUCGGCCUGGCCGCCGCCCAGAUGCACUUGCUGACAGGGGUGGGCCGCGAGGUGGGCGAGGGCGCGAGCGGUGCCAUGGCGGCCGCGCGGGAGAUCUACGUCGAGAAGAAAGAGAGGGGCGUUGUCUUCGGCGACAGCGGCCAGCGGCGCUGGUUCGACGCUGGGGCGGCCGAGGCGGUCUUCCGCGCCCAGGUCUCCGAUGGCGGCCUUUCCAAGACGUGGGGGCAAUGGGUCGGCGUCGUUGAGCGCGGGCGCCCCGGGGGCCUCGUGCCGCGGGGGGCCCGGGCUGGCAGCGCCGAAGCCAGCGCGCCAGGCCCGCGCGCCAUCAGGAAGAGCGACUGGGCGCCGUUCCUGAAGGACCGCCUGGAGAACAGGGAGGUGAUCCUGCACUCUGAUGGAGCCCGCAGCUACAAGAUGCGCGCGACGAGCGUCGUGCGCAACGACGUGGUGCAUUGCGAGAAGCGGAAGAAGAUCGGCGGGAAGCGGGUGUGGCUGAAGCCCAUCUACUCGAUGGUGGUCGCCCACAAGUUGCCUGCCGGCUCCGCAAUCAUGGUGAACGCGGGGGCCCAAAUCAUAGACCGCGCAUGGAGGUUCAUCAAGAGUCUCAUCGGCACGCGCGCAGACUUUCCAGGCGGCAGGCAGCUCGCGGCUUCUGUUCGCUCGGCACAGUUCGAGCAUUGGAACAGGGGCCAGGACUUGUGGGCGGCGACCGCGGGCGCUAUUUGGGAGGUCAUGGACUCGGACAAGUUCAUCGUGUGCUUCUGGCCCAACUACUUUAAAUUCCAGAAGAGUGCGAUUCCCUUCGUGGCGCCGGGCUUCGCGGGCCCGCUGUGGGCGUCGGGCGACCCCGCAGUAGGCGACGUGCUUGUCCGCGAGUGCCGCUGCUUCGAAGUGGCGGCGGAAUGCGUCCACCGCGAUGACCGCGACCGCGCGUGUACCGUGGCGCUCACCUCCACCGACUACCCGCGCUGGUACGACGCGGCGGAGGUCGCCAACGACGUCGGGGACAACGAGAACCCGCUUGUCCAUUGCAUCGGCUUUAUGAUUGGGCAUGCGGGCCCGAUCCCCCCCGAGCUUGACGAGCUGUACAAGGCGGCGUGGGGGGAUGGCGAGCGCCGCAAGUUGUCGCCCCCGUUCGGCUUCAAGACGGCGCCGCCGAGCCACGUGGCCGUCCAGAUCUGUAUCUUCGACGGCCCCGACGGCUCGAAUGCCAUCAUCAGGCGCUGCAUCAUCCCCAACGAGACGAAGACGGCCAUCUUCGCCAGCAUGGCUUUCGGCAGCGUCAAGAAGCUCUGCUUCCAGCGCCCCGAUGUGCAAGGCCUCGAAAAAAAGAUGGCGAGGGUGGGGGUCAAGUUGUGGCAGUGCGCCUUUGAGCGCUUUGGCGGGAAGCAGUUUCGUGCGUUUUUCUUGUCGCCAGACGUCAAGGCGAAUGCCGGGGUUAACGAGUUCUACGAGUCGUCGGGCGACGCAACCAUCGCUGGCUGCGAGUGCAUCCUGAAGAACGCGCCCCGCUGCACGGCCGACCUCGAACAGUUGGCCUGGCAGACGAAGGCGCUGAGCGGGCUCGCAGCGGAGGGUUCGCUCGCGAACAAGGAGACCGAGUGGCACAUCGCCCUGACGGAGGAACACUUCAAGCCGCGGGUGCUCGACGUCAUGGCAGAAAUCAUGGACCCCCUCGGGCCCCUCGUGCUCAUUGGCGAGACGAAUUUCGGAAAGACGCCCCUGGGGCGGUCGUGCCUCUUCGCGCCCUGCCGCCGCAACGCCCGCAUCGACGAGUUGGGCUCCGAAUCUGUGCGCGUCCGCGUGGCGCCCGAGAUCGACUUCCCGCGCGGGGGGCCUGGUUCUCUCACCAUGGACGACUUCUUGGAUGUUCGAGUCCAUGCGCUGGGCGCGGUGGGGGGCGACAAGUGGGUGGAGGGCGAGCCGCGCGCCAUUGCAGACCAGGUGUACGACCCAGAGGCAGUGAAGAAUGACUGCUGGCCGUCCGUCGAGUUCCAGGACUUCUUCGACCUCGCCAGGCCAGCCUUUCACGAGAAGGCUACUCGCGCUUGCGUGAUGGCAUUCAUUAAGCGGGGGGGCUUCUUCGCGAACACUAAGGCCCACGCGCGCUGGCGCGCCCCAGGGGCUGAGGAGACCGACGUCCAGCGCAAGUCGAUCUGCGGCUUGGACGAGUACUUGGCGACGGAGAGCAAGCGACUCUACGGCCUGUUCAAGGCGGGGGACCUCGCGCCGCCUCCGAACCAGGACGCGCUGCUGCAGAAUGAGCAGACCUUUGUGGAGAACGCCUUCAGGGCCAGAGCCACGGCGACUGCUGCUCAGGCGCGCGCCGUGAAGGAAGAUCCCACAUUUCCAGAGACACGGGGGUUCAGGAGCUUGGCUGCCCUGUCUGGCACGAUCGACGUCGACAGCUCCCCGCCCCCAGCGAAGCGGCAGGCCACUGGGGGCGUCUUCGGCAUCUGCGGCUGCUGCCCCACCCCGCGGCGAGCUGGAG